AUGAAUAGUUCAACAAAUGACAUUCUUCGUGCCUACGAAGCAGAUCGCCAAUCUCGUGAAGUCUAUCGUUACUUCCAGCCUGCAAAUCCAGCAGCCCUCAACACAACAUGGCCUCCUCCAUCUGGGGAUCAUUUCUCUUCAGUGGAAUCACCUAGAUUUUCACCGUCUGCUACCUCAGACAAUUCAUAUUCAGCCUUAGAAACAACCCCGACUAAGGCUAACGCCCAAAGCAGCCCAAACACGACGUUGACUUCUUUCGCGCAGCUUGCUGCUCUACGUUUGAAUGCACAGCGUGCCUUCAUCACUAUAUUGAAUCAUGACUUCCAGUUCGUAUUGGCUGAAGCAACGAAAACCACCAACAUCGGUAACUCGGAACUUUCUGCGGAGGGAGAUGGACUUUUCGUCGGCACAUCGACAUUGACGCAGUCUUGGAAUAUCUGCCAGGAAACAGUUUCCAUCCGUGCAGAUGAGCAGGAUGAAGAUUAUCCAUUUUUAAUUGUCAAAGACCUUGAGAAGACCGAACGUUUCAGAAAACUGCCAUUUGUGACAGGAGAGCCGCAUUCUCGGUUUUAUGCCGGCACACCUCUGACGAGUGGCAGCGACAUCAACCUCGGAUGUCUGUUUGUUUUGGACUCUGAACCACGCGAGGGGCUAUCUGUUUAUGAGAAAGAUGCAUUGGCAACAGUGGCAGCGCUAGUCAUGGAUUAUCUGCAGGUCAGUCGACAGGCCACCGAAGGCCGACGCGCUUCAAGACUGUCGCAUGGUCUUCAUCUUUUCGUUGACGGCAACUCGAGCUUUGCCGACAAUGCACCCAACUCCUCUCGGUCAUGUAGCUCGAUUAGCUCGAGUUCAGAGUUCCCUCCUUACCUUAGGACAAGCCGCUCCGCGAGCCCUCAAGACACCGGCCAAGAACCUUAUUCCACAUGGACUGCAACCAGUGAUGCGCCCCAAGGGUAUGACGACAUACGGUCUUCUAGUACACAUUCUAACGACAAAUCGGAUAUAGGUACACCAUGGAGUCCAUCGGGAUCAUUGCUUAGCUUGCGACAAAGUGACCGUAGCUCCUCGGCCUCAACGAGUAGCAAGCACUGGCUUUUCCAACGAGCCGCAAAUCUUUUACGACAGAGCCUUGACUUGGAUGGUGCCGGUGGCGUGAUGUUUAUGGGGACUAGCGAGGACUCGUCGGAAAACUUCACGGACAACCGUCGCGGUUUUGACGAGCACAACAACCCUGCGCCCGUUCUUGCGCUUUCCACCGGAGAUGAUCCACUAUCAAGCCAGAUAGUAUCUCCCGCGACAAAUGCAGCUGUCACUCUUGACCAUGACUUUUUGAAUCAGUUGACACGUCGCUAUCCGAAAGGUAGACUUUGGUCUUUCCGUCACGAUGGAACUCUCUCCACUUCAGACGAAGAUCUAUCCAGGGAGACAUCUCGGAAACAGCACAAGAGGUUCAAAAACUCUGAAACAGCAAGUUUGAAUUCAUAUUUCCCUGAGGCAUGUCAGGUCGCUUUCGUCCCACUAUGGAACGGCACUGACUCGCAAUGGUUUGCAGGAUGUUUCUGCUGGACCCCCCACCCGACUCGAGUUUUCAGUCGUGCCGUUGAUCUAAGCUCAAUCUUUGCCUUUGCAUCGUCUAUCAUGACAGAAUACAGUCGUGUUGAAUCUGUGAUAGCGGACCGCCAAAAGGGUGACUUCAUCAGCAGCAUCUCCCACGAGCUGCGCAGUCCCUUACAUGGUAUUCUGGCCGCCGCUGAGUUUAUGGCAGAUACCAGCUUGAAUGAUUUCCAAAGUUCUGUUCUUGAGACGAUUAAUGCUUGCGGUCGAACACUUCUGGACACCAUGAACCAGGUGCUGGAUUUCAGCAAAAUGAUGUCAUUGGAGCGUUCAAAGAGGAGGUUCAAAAAGGGAAAAGACCCCUGGAAAUCAAAACCCACUGAUGACAUCCCGCAACUCGACACGUUUGUCCCAAUAGAUGUGGCCAUCCUAACAGAGGAUGUUGUUGAUAGCGUGGCUCUAGGGCAUUUCCACAUGCAAAGGUCCACUACUUCGACUAAUCGCCCCGCGCUCACCUCACACACAUCGCGUUCAAACUCACAAAGUCAGGUCGAAGAUGCUCCCUCUCGUUCAGAUGUGGACUUGGUUGUUGACAUUGCCAACAACGACUGGAUGUACCAAGUUCAACCAGGAUCACUGAGACGCCUGAUUAUGAACCUUCUUGGGAAUUCCCUCAAGUACACCGAAAAGGGUCUUAUCACUGUUAGCAUCAAAGCCACCGAGAUGUCUAAAGGGAGAUCUCGCCGCCAGGGCCUUCAAGACAUGGUGGCCUUAACUGUGUCAGAUACGGGCAAGGGGAUCUCAAGCGAAUACCUCCAAAAGCGUCUAUAUACUCCAUUUGCGCAGGAGGAUACACUAUCUGUAGGCACUGGCCUCGGUUUGUCCAUUGUCCGCGGCAUUGUGAGGGCGCUCAACGGAAAAAUAAGCGUCGAAAGCUGUGUUGGAGAAGGCACUACAAUUCAGGUAUUGCUUCCUUUCGACCGUCCUGUCGGGAGGAGACCCCACGAUCAGCUCUUCAAGCGGAAAGCUUUGAAAAAAAUCAACCUACACCAUCUUCCAAACUGGAUGGCGCAGAUCUACGUGGGAAACGUGCCGCAAUUUGGGGUAUCGACUAUGCCCGUCUGGAUGAGUCUCAGUUUUGGUCCUCGAUCGUUCGCUAUGUUACGAAUUGAUAUCCUAUUUGCAACCGAGGACGACCUUUUUACAACAACGAAGCAGGAUUUCCCAACUUCAUUACCAAGCUUGCUUAUCUUUUGCAACGAGUCGGUCAGCCAUGGUGACCCCCGCCUACGAUGGUCACACCUUGCCGACUCUUUGGCAUCCAUCCAUGGACCUUCCGGGCCACAAAAGCUCGCUAGGGGUAUCUUGAGCUGUCUUGAAAUGAAACAGACAUCUGCGUCGGAUUCAAAGGAUCUCCGACCAGCAUGCAUCCUCCCAGAACGACCAAAGAUUACAGAGCCAAUUCUACAACUUAAGGAUUCUAUUGCCUCGGCAUCACAAUUCCAACGAUGGCCAGAUCACGAUUCCAACUCCAUGCCAGUCUCCCAAGCUGGCGACGUGGAUGUCACGCAGAAUGUCAGGAGUGAUAAUUCUGAGCUAAGUACAAAGACAGAAGAGCCAUGGCGCCCUCCAUCUAGUGGCACAUCCUCCGCCAUUCCUGUGCCUUCCUCUACAUCCUCCCCUGAUUCGGCCGUUGUUGACACACCACCUACGUGGCCAGCGGGACCUCGAAUCUUGGCAGUGGACGACAACCAGAUCAAUCUCAACCUAUUGACUACCUUUUUGAAGAAACGAAACGUCCCACUUCUGGACCAAGCAGAGAACGGCCAAGCAGCCGUCAAUCUAGUCAAGAUGUCAGGGUGCUACGACAUAAUUUUCAUGGACAUGUCAAUGCCCGUAAUGGACGGAUUUGAUGCAACGCGUGCUAUUCGAGCUAUUGAAAGAGAACGGGAAGGAAGCGAUCGAGCGAAAAUUAUUGCUUUUACUGGCCUCGCCAGCUCAACUCAUGAGUCCAAGGCCAUGGGCGCGGGUGUGAGCAUGUUCCUUACGAAGCCUGUUUCGUUCAAGGAGGUAGCACGGAUCCUCGCCGAGUGGAAAGACGCCUCGGAAUAG